AUGGGAAUGGACAUGUGGUUAGUCAUAGCUGUGUGCUUUGUAGUGUUGUCGGAAGGACAAGCGCAAACGCGUCGGGUGCGUGUACGUCCACGCAUUUUACCCACUUCUUCGAGCGCCGAGUACGUAGACAGUUCAGAGGAUGUGCAACAAGAUAACCGCCCUCAGGCACAGCAGUAUUACCCCCGAGCGCAGGAGCGAUUGGGCGAUGUAGUGCUAGUGGCUUCUUCAGACGAAGACUAUGGAGGCGGCCAAUAUGGAGCACAAAACGCGCGGGCACGCGCCGAUUCACAAUAUCAGCGACCGGUGACCAAAAGCACAACGGUUGCGCCUGUCUCAUUACCCGCUCGACAAAAAACAGCUGCAAGUGAACCACGAACGCCACCCGUGCAAACCAUACGCAAUUACAGCAAAGUAAAUGAUGAUGGCUCGUUUACGUUUGGCUAUGAGGCGGCCGAUGGAUCAUUCAAGGAAGAAACACGAGGUACCGAUUGCGUGGUACGCGGUAAAUACGGUUACAUCGACCCAGACGGCAAUAAGCGUGAGUUCACCUACGUUUCCGGUAACCCAUGUGAUCCCAACAACCCAGAUGGAAGCGAAGAGGACGAUAACGAUCACCCUGAAGGACAGGACGAAUCUAACGAGAACGUACCCCAAAAUUAUCCAGCACGGCGUCCUGUCGCGGUGCCUCGACCUACUUCACCUCCGGCUUCGACGCGCCAUCAUUCGACUACGGCUUCUGUCGCGGCCAGGCCCACAACUACCCUGUUUCAGAGUGACUACCAGGAUAGACGUCAGCCCGCGGGCGCGACCGCUGCUGAGGGUGAAGAGGAAGUGCAAAUAGGUCAACGCGGUGGUCGUCCGGCUGCACGGCCUUUCGCUGGAUCCGUCACUACUACUCAGCGACCGCGAGUGCAGAUCGUUAGUACGACGCCCAUUCCAACAUCUACACUUUUUCACAAUCCCACGCCCUCACCUCCACAGACCGUCGUACCGGUCAAUAUCACUCCAAAACCAGCCUACCGCGUGUCGCCGUUACCGACACAACCAACUCUAGCCCCCACAACCUACCGUCCAACUGCAUCCAACACACGAGGGCCCACGAUUGACUUUGAAGCGGAAUUUAAGCGCUUCCAGACAGACAACAAACUACCUAGCGUGGCACCGACCUUUAAUACAACACCUAAACCAACUGGUUCGCCAUUUAGCCGCCCCGGUCCACAGCUAGCUGCCGGAAAUCCAAUUUACCAGUCACAGCUCAUUUUCGACCCAGCGUCCGGCCAGUACGACACAGCCUUGUAUCAGCAACUGCCUCAAAGCGACGCCGAUUUUCAGCUCAACCAUCGUAUUCAACCUUUCGUUGCCGGCCCACCUGCUCACCAUCAACAACACCAACAGCAUCCAGGUGUGGGCCAACUUGUGACACUCGAGCAGCUGCAGCAACAGUCGCCUCUAUACCGAGCACAACCGCCACCAUCGUCUACAGUGCCUGCCCGUCCACCAGUCGGAUCGUCCACAGUUCAAAUUCCGCAACAACUGUACCAAAAACAACAAAAUGAGCUGCAGUUUAUAAACAGCCAGCAUCUGUUCGCCCAACAGCUAGAACUGCAACAAAGUCAACUACGUGCAGACCGGAUUGAAGCAGCCAAAAAGGUGACCGCCAGUAGUUCCCCUAUGCAUCGUUUUCAACCACAGCCCCAACAGCAACAGCAAUACUAUUUUAUUCAACCUCAAACUCCUUCGCAAGGAGCAGCCCCCGGCCAAAUUGAUUCAUUUUUACGGGGUCACAACAUUGAAUACUAAAUUGACAGGCAUGGAAAGGGCAUUCACAAGAAAAAGUGUUGCUUAACUCCUCAUCAUCUAAAUGAUCAAGUUCACUACUCUUUUACUGUACAUUUUAUUGUGCGCUGUAUAUUUCGUAUCAUAUCUGAAAUUUAUCGCAUGAUUGAGAUAUUUUGCCUUUUCCUUUAACUCAAAUGAUGUCAUUUGCUACAACUAUCUAUUAUUGUUUUAAAAAUCGACUAUGAUGAAGCCGUAUUCUCAACCAUUUGCUCUUAUUUUAAUUUGCAAAUU